GCAGCCUCACUGAUAACGAGCUCGACUCUCCUUCAGGUGUGUGUGCGCGCGCGCUGCUGCUAACCAACGCCGCGGAGCUCCGUGACACCGACACUCACCAUGUCGCUGCAGCCGAGAGGAGAAGCAGCCGCCGGGAAUCCUUAACUGGCUGGAGGCGGUCGAAAGGGGGGGCGGUGAGAGAUGCGGGCGUCGUGUUUCCUGGAACCCAGCUGUUUGUGUGUUCGUGUCCACCAUCAACAACAGUCCUGCCGCCGCUCCGCUCACGGCUCCGGUCACUCGGUUUAACGCCGCUGCACCGAGGAAAUCACUGGGACUAUGUGAGCAUCAUGCUCGCUGUGAGAUGCCUGCUGUUCGCUGCAGUGUGUGCACGGUGCGCCGGGACAGAUCUGAGGGAAUGGAUGGGUCUGGAGGGGAGGCAGCUGCCUGCAGAAGAAGUCGUUCAGCCCAAGCGGCUCCUGCAACAGAUCCACACCGAGGAGGAGCUGCUGCACAGCCGCCUGGACACCCGGGUCAAGAACCCCCCACCCGGCAUGCAGCCCAUCCAUCUGGCCCAGAGCAGCUUCUUGGUGGAGGCCUUUGGUACGUCCUUCAUCCUUGACCUGGAGCUCAACCACGAUCUGCUGUCUACAGACUAUGUGGAGCGUCACUUUGACGAGGAUGGGCAGCUGUCACAGAAUAUGGGAGGCGAACACUGCUACUAUCACGGGCGAGUGCGGGGCCUGCCGGGGUCCUGGGUCGCUCUGUCUACUUGCCACGGCCUGCAAGGCAUGUUCUCUGAUGGGAACUUCUCUUAUGGGAUUGAGCCUGUUCGCAAUGGAGAGGGGCAGAAUGACCACAUUGUGUAUCGAAUGCCCGGCAUUGACCUCUUCCCACCUCCUUGUCCAGGAUGCUCCACGAAUGGCACAGAGCCUGAGGAGGAGACAGACGGCGGGCUGAAGGAUGGAGACGACUGGUCUGAAGAAGAGAAACCCGUUUUUACAGAAGGCCGGAGACGCUCCAAAAGACAAGUGCGGCGAGGCCAACGCACCGUCCAAACUGAGACCAAGUACAUCGAGCUGAUGGUUGUCAACGAUUACGAGAUGUUUGUGCAGCUCCGUCGGUCAACCACUCAGACGAAGAUUUUUGCCAAAUCGGUGGUGAACAUGGCGGAUUUGAUAUACAGGGAGCAGCUCAACACUCGUAUUGUCCUAGUGGCCAUGGAAACCUGGUCAUCUGAAAACAGGGUUUCCAUCGGUGACGACGCCUUGCUGACCCUGCGUGACUUUAUGAAGUACAGGAAGGAGAGCAUCAAGGAGCGCUGCGACGCUGUGCACCUUUUCUCUGGGAGAACGUUCAUGAGCAGCCGCAGUGAAGCCGCCUACAUCGGAGGCAUCUGCUCAGUGACUCGUGGUGGAGGCAUCAAUGAGUUUGGCAGUGUGGGUCCUAUGGCCAUCACACUCUGCCAGAGUCUUGGCCAGAACAUCGGCAUGCUGAGGAACAAGGAACAAACGGCUGCAGGAGCCUGCAGGUGUCCAGAUCCAUGGCUGGGCUGCAUCAUGGAGGAUACUGGCUACUACCUGCCCAGGAAGUUCUCCCGCUGCAGCAUAGAUGAGUACCUGCGUUUUCUCCAACAGGGAGGAGGCAGCUGCCUCUUCAACAAGCCCACAAAGGUGAGAGAUUGUGGCAAUGGAUAUGUAGAGCUGGGAGAAGAAUGUGACUGUGGAUCACUUGUGGAGUGUGCUCAGAGGGGAGCCAACUGCUGUAAGAAGUGUACUCUGACCCACAAUGCCAUGUGCAGCAACGGGCUCUGCUGCAGGGACUGCAAGUACGAGCUGAGAGGGGUGACGUGCCGCGAUGCUGUGAAUGACUGUGACAUUCCUGAGACCUGCACAGGAGACUCCAGCCAGUGUCCUCAUAACGUCCACAAACUGGAUGGUUACACAUGUGAUGCCGGCCAGGGUCGGUGUUAUGGAGGUCGCUGUAAGACCAGAGAUGGCCAGUGCAGAACGCUGUGGGGCUACAACUCAGCCGACAGAUUUUGCUAUGAGAAGCUGAACGCUGAGGGGACAGAGAAAGGAAACUGUGGUCCAGACUCCAGUGGUCAGGGAUGGGUGCAGUGCAACAAACAAGACGUCCUGUGUGGUUUGCUGCUGUGCACCAACCUGACUGACAGGCCGAGGUUUGGUGAGCUUCAGGGGAAGAUCACCAGUUUGACCAUCCACCAUCAGAACAGAUACCUGGACUGUAGAGGUGGUCAUGCAGUGCUGGAUGAUGGAUUGGAUCUGGGCUACGUGGAGGACGGGACGCCAUGCGGACCGAACAUGAUGUGUUUGGAACGCCGCUGCCUCCCCGUCACCACCUUCAAUCUCAGCAUCUGUCCAGGUUCCUCGUCCUCACGCAUCUGCUCCCACCACGGGACUUGCAGUAAUGAGGUGAAGUGUAUCUGUGAUCCAGACUACACCGGGAAGGACUGCAGUGUGUUCGACCCGAUCCCCACCCCGACUCCGCUAGAAGGCCCAGAGAAGUACAGAGGUCCCAGCGGCACCAAUAUCAUAAUAGGCUCAGUUGCUGGUGCAAUUCUGCUGGCAGCGAUAGUCCUGGGGGGAACUGGCUGGGGAUUUAAAAACAUCCGAAAAGGAAGGUACGAUCCCGCCUUUCAGUCCUGAUCUCAACACACGGACAUUAUCAGUCUUCAUGCAUAAUGCCAUCUGUUUUAUAAGAACAAACACAGCUGUCAUCUGCUUCUUUAUCCUUAUUUUUCAUCUCUCACACAUUUUUUAAAAAUUUUAAUAUGCAUUUGUAUCGGGACACACACAUAUAGCAUGAAAUAAUGCUACAUAUCACAGCAUUUUUAUAGGCUAUAGUAGUUUGCAAUACCUGUCUAUGUAUUAUUUAUGAUACACAAAAGUCUCUGAAUUAUAUCCUCCAUGUGCAACAGCUCAUAUUUUGGCAAACAUAAUUGUGUCCCCUAGUUUGCACUAUUUUUAAUUCUUCUGUGUGCCUCUUUACUGAGUUGGCUGCCAUUUAUAGAAGAUAGCUGCUGUGUUUACUUUGUAUUGUUCAUUUCAUAAGACUUUCAGUAAUAAAAGGUGAGCUUCUCUUCCAA